AUGAAAGCCAGAAGACACAGCCAACCUUUACAUGACCAACUCUCUCGGGACGACUUGUUAUUUCUACUCAGUAUUCUGGAAGGAGAGCUACAGGCCCGCGAUGAGGUAAUCGUUGUGUUGAAAUCGGAGCGAACAGACGGCGCACAGCUGGGGGCACACUAUGGGAGCAGAGCAGAGGAGGCGUUCAGGGCCCUGUACAGAGACUGUCUGCGAACUCAACGGGACUUCGUGCAAGACGUGUGCAAGCCGACAGCUCAGAUGAGUGCUCUGGUCCAGGCCCAGAGGAAGUGUUCUCUGCAGGUGAAGGAGCAGGUGCUGAUGGUGUCUCGCUUACACCACAACACCAUACGCAGACUGGAGGAGCAGGAGAGGAACCACCAGGAACUUGUGCACAAGAGCAAGACACUUAUCUGUGCAUUGGAGCAGGACAGACAGAGACUAAAGCUCCUGAAUGCAAAAGAAAGAGAAUACCAACAUAUAAAGGAGGAAAGGAAUGAGAAAGAGGUGUUCGGACUGAAAGAAGAACUGCACAGACUGAAGGCAUUUGCUCUGCUGGUUGGAACAGAGCAUCAACUAUUGACCAAAGAGCUGGUGGAACAAAGAGAUCGGGUCAAAAAGUUAAACAACAUCACAGAAACUUUGAAGAGCGGAACAUUUUACCUCAGACAGGAGAAGGUAAAAGUUAAACAACGCAUUAUGACGGCAAAACACGGAGGACUGGAGGAGAAAAGACCUCUUCUGAGAAAGACUGAUGGAUUUUGGGAGCUAAACGCCAAAGGCCAUAGGUCAGGAGGGCCGGGUUUGAUGUCAGAAGUGGAGGUGUUGAGGAGGAGAGUGGUUGAAAUGGAGGGAAAGGAUGAGGAGUUGAUACGUAUGGGGGAGCAGUGCCGCGAGCUGGAGCAGAGACUGACGAAAGAGAACGUCAACGGCAGUAAUCUCCGGGAUGAUGUGGAUAAGCUGAACAAAAGAAUUAAUGAAUUGGACAGGAUUGAGGGUGCUUUGGCAAAAAGUAGACAGGAGUGCGGUGCCCUAAAAAUCAGUUUGGAGAGGGAGAAGGAGGUGUGCAAGGCCUUGAACAUUGAACUGGACAAGCUGAAAGUCAGGCUUAGAGAAUCAGAGGUUUGUGAGGGUCAACUCCAGCAAAGUGAGGCUGCCAUUAAGCACGACCUGGCCCAUCUCAGGUCACUAACGGUCGCACUGGUAGAUGACAGGAAUAGUAUGAAAGAGAGGCUCAGACAGGCCGAAGAAACACUCAGUCGGAGAAAUGAGCAGGGCAAUUUAGCUCCCAAUGAAAGGCUUAGAGCAGCAGAUUUACAGGAACGAAUUAAAGGCAUCGAAAAAGAAAAAGAGGAACUCAAUGCCAAGCUGAGAACGGAGGAGGAAAGGAGUGGCGAGUUAGAGGCGAAGCUGUCCAUUAUGAGAAGACGGCUACAGGUUUUGGAGAACAGGAGAGAAAAAGAAGAAAAGAGAGAGAGCGUAAAGUACGGCUCAGUUCCAAACAACUCAAGUCAUCAAUGCCAGACCCAAAACAACAAAGUCAACGAACUGAGCCAGGAGCUGGAACGGUUGCGCAAGACGCUUCAGGACAAAGAGGUCUUGGAGGGGGCGCUAAUGAAAGUGGAGGAGGACUAUGAGGUUAUGGAGAGAAGGUUCAAUGAGGAACAGAGACGGACUCAUGUUUUGGCACAAGAGCUAGAAAUAGCCAAAUUUGAGGUGGCAAAGUACCAACAGGCAGAGAAAGAAGAAACCAACCAAGAACACCAGCUCUUGCAAAGGUUACAACGAGAGCAGGUCAAGUCUAGGCUUUUGAGCAGAGAAGUUGAGUCACUCAAGGAGAAACUGCAAAGCAUGAUGGGAACAGAGGACUCCAUAAGCCAAGUCCAAAAUGACCACUCCUCACUGCAAAGGAAACUGACGCAACAAGAGAACAAGAACAGAGAUCUGGCCAGAGAAAUGCUUGAGUUGUCCGAUGAGUUAAACAAGCAUAAAACGUUUAAAAAUAUGCCACGUGAGUCCACCAGAUUGGUGAUGUUGCGUCAAACUAAGGAAGCCCAAACUGACCCAAAUGAUCUUCAGUACAGCACUUCAAUAUCAACAAACCAGGAUGACAAAGAUGCAGAGGACCCCAACCAAAACACAGCGGGUUCAUCUCAUAUCCAAAACCUGUACGACCUGAACAGCGCUAACAACAAUAUCAGCGUGUUCAGCAACAACGUAGCAAGCGGCGUAGAUGCAGUGAAUAGAGAGGUGAUGAUGCUGACCCACACAUCUGGUCAGCCCUUGCACAUCAAAGUCACUCCGCAUCACAUGCUUAACACGGCAACACUGGAGAUUAGCAGUCCUUUGUCUGAUGUGGCUACCUCCUACACCAGCACCGCAGUCAUACCAAACAGCCCAGGCCAGUCUAAGCAGAGAAUCACCAUCAUUCAGAACACAAACAGCAGGAGCCCCCCUUCAAGUCCGGACCGCACCUUAUCACUCAAUGCAUCGCCCAUUGCUAGAAGCUAG